AUGUUCGCCCUUUCUUCUAUUUCCCAUGGACAGCCAAAGACCUUCUCAAACCAGGAUGUCCUUCCCCGUCUUCCUGUACCCGGCCUGGACCAAAGCCUGCAAGCAUAUCUCAAGAGCUUGACACCGUUGUUGGAACAGAAGUACGCAGGUGCCUCGUUGACGCAUGAAGUGGAGAAACGCCGCGUUUUCAUUCGCGACUUCGCCGCCGAGGACGGUAUUGGUCGAGUCCUCCAGGAACGUUUGAAAGAUCUUGAUCAUGUAUCCCCUCACAAUUGGCUCGACGAUACCCUCUGGCUGGUGCUCGCUUAUCAUUCAUGGAGGGCCCCUCUUGUGGUCAACUCCAACUGGUGGUUACUCUUUGCUCCAGAUCCAAAGGAUCGGACACCACCCAUUCAGGACCUAUCACAACCGAAUCCAAAUCCUGCGACCACCACUUCCCCCGGUAGUCAGGGAGGAGGUCAACAGUGGCUUGACACACACGAGAGUUUUUCUCGAGACUCGAUGCCGUCAUCACUUAUCGUGGAAAGGGAAUGGGUGACAGACUGGCAGAUACGAAAAUCGGCAUGGAUCCUUCGACGACUAGCAGAGCUUCGCUUGAAGUUGCAACGCGAAGAGAUCUCUCCGGACUCCUCCCGAUCUGGACCAUUCUGCAUGUCACAGUAUCGAAAAUUAUUCAAUUUCUCCCGUAUACCCCUACCCAACUCUGACGCUUUCUCAGCUGUCAAAUCUAGGGCUAUUCAUGCGACUGUCAUGAUCGACGAUAGGAUCUACUCUGUUGAGGUAUUCGCGUCGCCGACAUCUCCCCACGCUUUCCCAGAGCCUUUGUCACCGGAGGACAUCGAAGCGAAUCUCAGAUCGGUGGUCAAAGAUGCGAAGCAAGCGCGAGACGUGGAUGAUAAUCCUCCCAAGGUCGGUCUGCUCACGGCUGAUGAAAGAGACCAAUGGACCAAGAACCGAGAACAUCUCCUUCUCCUCUCCCCUACUAACCGUGAAACACUCGACUCCAUAUCUUUUUCUCUGGUAGUGCUAAGCCUGGAUACCUAUACUCUGCCUUCAAGGCCCACGGACGAUCCUCUUUGUCUUCCUUCCGUUGACGCCCAUCUUCGUAAUGUAGCCACGGGUGUGGAAGGGGGACGAAACCGUUGGUUCGACAAGCCUAUAUCCAUACCUGUUGAGACCACCGGUCGGGCGGGAAUCAUGGGUGAACAUAGUCCUGUUGAUGCUUUGAUUCCGUCUAUUGCAAUCGAGUACGUUCUGGGAACUCCAGUGGAUGAGAAUCAGUUUGAAGGCUCUGGCAAGAAUGGAUCGGGCUGGAAACGACUGGAAUGGGUGGUGGACGAUAUCCUACUGAGUGAAAUUGAUCAGUGUCAAAAGCGAAAUCAGACUCUGAUAGAAGACUCGGAUGCGAGUCAACUUUGGUGGGGAGAAUAUGGAGCGGAAUGGAUAAAGAAGCAUGCUAAAUUGUCCCCUGAUGCUUUCCUUCAACAAGCCUUGCAGCUCGCAUGGUACAAAGACCAAGGUUACGCCACUGCCACGUAUGAAACCGCUUCGACGAGAACGAUGCUUCAUGGUCGUACGGAUGUCAUCAGGACUCUCAGCGUUGAAUCGAGAGACUUUGUCAAGGGUAUGCUAAACCAAGAGUUACCAGAUGAAGAAAAAUAUGAACUUCUCUCCGCCGCUUGUACAAACCAUAACAUUCUUACUCGAACUUCAUCAUCUGGUCAAGGUUUCGAUCGUCAUCUCAUGGGUCUGAAAACUCGUUUGCGAGCUGGAGAGACCCAUCCUCUGUUCGAAGAUGAAUUGUAUGCGAAAAGUCAGGAAUGGAAAUUAUCCACAUCUGGUCUAAGUGCGGGACAGAGGUUCAUGGGUACUGGUUUUGGAGCUGCUUGGCCAGAUGGGUAUGGUAUAAAUUAUCUCGCCGGACCAAAUUUGAUCAAAUUUGGUAUUGAGUCCAAGUAUUCUUGUCCAACCACUUCGACAACGAUUUUUAAACAUCAUCUCGUUCAAGCUCUUCGAGACAUGCGUAGGGUCUGCGAAGCAGCCGUCUCCCCUUCAUCUUCCUCUUCGAUGGAUAUGAAAUCAAAAAUGUGA